AUCUCAACUAUCUCUUAUUUACUAAUUUGUCAGAGAAACAUAAAUUAAAAUGAUUUGCGGUUAUUUUAUAAUCACUCUGUUUGUUUUGCUCGUUGAUGGUGUGUUUGGUGAUACAGAUGAAGUGAAGUCAGUGUCAGUGCUGGAGGGAGAUUCAGUAACUCUACAGACUGGUCUCAACAAAGAACAAUAUGAAGUGAUAUUGUGGAAUUUUAAUGACAUUCAAAUAGCUGAGUAUGAUCAAGAUAUUGGUGCGAUCUGUUUAUAUGAUGGUGAAGACGGGAGAUUCAGAGACAGACUGAAGGUGGACUAUGAGACUGGAUCUCUGACCAUCACAAACAUCACAACUGAACACGCUGGACGUUAUGAAGCAGACAUCAUCAGACUCCGGCGGUUGGAUGGCCUUUACGCAGGGUGUUUCAGUACAAAAGUUUACGGAAAAAUUCUCAACAUUGCUGACUCCACGGAACAAUUUACUGUUACUGUCAGUGUCAAUGAAGAUUAUAACAAGAGGUUGGAGAAAACGUCAGCCAUGAAUCCAGGUCUGUCUUCAGCUGCUGUAGCAGGAAUAAGUGCUGGUGGUGUUGGUGUUGUUGUGCUGGUGGCUGUAGCUGUAGCUGCUGCUGUGAUGAUUUACCAUCGGCGCAGGAGCUGCCAAAAUAAUAAAUAAAAGAAAUAUAGAAAUAUAAAACAAGAAAAAUAUAUAAAUGCAUAAAUACAUUUACUAAGAAAUGUAAUAAAUAAAUAAAAAUAAUACAUUUGUAUUUUUAUUUCCUUAUAUAUCUAUCAUUGCAUUUGUUCACACUUACUUUUUCAUCAUUUCUACUUGUUUAUUUCCACAUGUACUUGUGUUUUUUUGUAUUUAUGUCAACAUUUAUUUAGUUCCACAUUUAUUUCUACAUUUAUAUUGUUUUAUUUACAUAUUUCUACAUCUACACAGAAGAGAUGCACAGAUUAACUGUAAAUAUGCUGUUAAAAAAACACGAACCUUUGACUUUCUUUGACUUAGAUAUUUGCAUGUGACCCUCACCUGACUGUCAUAUUACGAUUAUUCUAAUAAAACAAAAUUCAUUGACUUUGAAUUGAUAUGAAGUGUACAAAACAGUAACUAUUUGCUCAUAAGUGGGAGAAUUCCUGUUUAUUUGUGUGCGUCUUGCUCAAACAAGCUCAGAUUUCAUUGUCAAUGACAGACCUGCUGCUGCAUAAGUUUAAUCAACAAUAAACACAAGCUCUUAUCAGUCACAUCCAGUUCAGUUACAUUAAAAUACCGGAUGGUUUCACACCCUUCAUGUGUCAAAUGUGUUAUCAGAUCUGAUCUAUUGAAGUUGCGGUUUCUGUUCAUGUUCAGCCAAAUAACAAAAAUCCCAACUGGACUUUUUAUGCCAUUCCCAGACAAGGGUGUAUGUUCACCCUAUAUACUGUACAUACAGUUAAAAUGAUAUCAAAUAGCUUAAAUCAUGGUCAUAUUUUGGACUCACUUCUAAGCCAUUCAUUCAUUGAUUUGUACUACUCAGAGGCUUUCUUCCUUGCUAAAGCCAGAACUCUGAGCUUGAUUGCUCCAUCCU